CAUAGAGUCGUUACGUGAUCAUAUGCAGUUCUGUUGGUGCGUUCAAGCGUAUAUCCUGUAUUAUAAAAACAUUUACUAUUAGAAAAUAAUAUACUUGUGGUGGAAUGCAGUGAAUGCAACGUAUCGUUUUCAUUUUACUUCAGUUUUCAUGUCGUCCUAAUGUCGUUCUAAGACGAGCAUUUUUAAAAUUUUUAUGACUAUAUUUGCCAUUAAGUGCAAGGACUUAAUACCAUAAACUUAAGAAUUACUUAAAAAGUGAAUAUGGAGACAUCCCACCCAACUUCUUGGAUUUGUGAAAAUAUGUAUUGACAGGUCAUUUGACUAUGUCUGAUUUCAAUGUGAGGGACGUUUUGGAAUUACCAAACUGGUAAUUGAGUAAAUUCGGAAAUUGCAUGUAAAAUCAACACGUGGUUUCUUUCCUGGGUGAGUGAAAUAUUGACAAUAUGACAGGCAAUAAAUUUGUGACGCAUUUGGAGCCUUGUCUGCUAUCAGGGCUGGCCUCUCCCAUUCUCAGUGGACUCGAACACACACCACUAGUGUGUGUGUGUGUGUUCUUUCUUCAACAUGUCUGCACAGAGGUUGCUGCUGUGUUGUCUUCUUUUUAAAGGGUCUCUUGCGCUGUUAGGCAACUUUUGGCACAUCACUGACCUGCACUGGGACCCGUCCUACAGUCUGGGAGAUGACCCCUUUAAGGUGUGUGCAUCAAGCGGUUUCAGACCUGCAGCCAAUGCGGGUAAAUUUGGUGACCAUGCCUGCGACUCCCCGUGGAACCUCAUCAACUCCUCUAUUUAUACUAUGAGGAACAUCCUACCGGAUCCGGAUUUCAUUGUGUGGACCGGAGACGACACACCGCACGUUCCCGACCAGAAACUGGGCACAGAGGCAGUACUGAGCAUUAUCAGAAAUCUUACAGACCUCAUAAAUGAGGUUUUCCCAAGAACUAAAGUGUACUCUGCCCUGGGUAACCAUGACUACCACCCCAAGAGCCAACUGCCUGGAGGCCCGAGCUUCAUGUACGACGAAACAGCCCAAAUGUGGCAGCAUUGGUUGGAGCCCGAGUCCGGUGUAACAUUCCGGAAAGGUGGAUACUAUACGGAAAAGCUGCUAAAUAGAACUGGUUUCAGGAUGUUGGUGCUCAACACCAAUCUAUACUAUAGCAACAACAUGCUGACCCAAAAUGAUGAAGACCCCGCGGGACAGUUUAGCUGGGCGGAUCAGGUCCUAGCAGAGGCGACCAAAAACAAAGAAAAGGUGUACAUCAUCGGUCACGUACCUCCAGGCAUGUUUGAGAAGAAGAGAAACAAGUCCUGGUUCAGGAAACACUUCAACAAGCGAUACAUGGAAUUGAUCCAGAAGCACCAUUCCGUCAUCAUGGGACAAUUCUUUGGACAUCAUCACACCGAUACGUUCCGCAUGUUCUACAACCCAGAGGGUUCUCCUAUCAGCACAAUGUUCCUCACCCCUGGGGUGACACCGUGGGAGACGACACUCCCCGGAGUCAAGCACGGCGCCAACAAUCCUGGCAUUCGGAUCUUUGAAUAUGACACCCAAACCCUCCUAGUCAAAGACGUGGUGACCUACUACCUGAACCUGACUCAUGCCAACACUGCCCGGGAUCGCUGGGAGAAGGAAUACCGCCUCACCGAGAGUUUCCGCGUCCCCGAUGCCUCCCCUGCCUCCAUGGACCGGCUCCUGGACGGAAUCUCUGCAGACCGCUGCCAGUUACAGAAGUACUAUGAUUUCAACUCGGUGAGCUAUGACCUCAGCGAGUGCGACGGCGCCUGCCGCGUGGACCACGUGUGCGCGGCGCGAGAAGUCGAUUACGAAAGGUACGAGCGCUGCCUGGUGACAGAAGCGGCGAGUUUCAUUGGCGGUGGUUCGUUUCUCGUUCUCUCUGUGGCUGAAAGUAUCCUGUUUGUUUUUAAUCAGCAUUUUUAAUUCCUAUUUUUGUUUACUAUCAGUCACCAUUUUGUUUUUGUCUAUCAUAAUGGUGUUGCGGUCUGCAAAUUGACGCUCUGAUUAGGUUCCAUUCUCAACCAAAAUUCCGAAACCAUCGCCACUUAAUGUCCUGUAUCGAUGCAAGAACUGUUAAUUUUAAUAAUGUCUUACACCAGGGGUCUCAAACUCAAUUUACCUGGGGGCCACCGGAGCUAGGUUCUGGGUGAAGCCGGGCCGCAUCAGGUUUUCAAAAAAAACCCCAAAACGCAUUUAUUAAAAACUGGAAAAAAAAAAAAUAAAAAAAAUAUCUUCAAUGCUUUUGCUUCUGCUAUACCCUACACUUUUUCAGUACUUUGGUUCCGGUUUUCCACACCAAAAUAUCUGAUAAAACAUUCCACUGUUCUCAAAUAUCUUAAUUUUUAUUUUUCUAUACACAAAAUAAGAUUAAAAAAAUAAACAAAUUAAGAAUAAAGACAAUAAAUCAAUUAGUAAUAAAUAAGUAAAAUAAUAAUAAAACAGCAAAUAAGAAAAACAUAAGAAACCACAUACAGUUGGUAGAGAAAUUAUUUUUUUCAGAUUCAAAUGUACAGUAUUAACAGUUAUUUAACCUUUAACAUGAACAUUAAUGAAACUUAAUAAUUUUACCCAAUUAGCAAGUUAGCAUCGUACUCAGUUCCGUCUGGGAGCAGCGUCGUAACUUUAACAACAUGUUUGAUGAGAUGCUUUAUCUUGACGUGUAUUUUCCGUUUUAUUCCAAAUCAUUUCCUGCGUUUAUUUGUACCCAGCGUCAUAAGCCUUUAGCUUCAUUGCUAAUCCAAAGCAAAACAGGAUAACAGGGUAGGGUAACAGUAUAGGCGGGGCAAAAUCAUGUUAAUUGUGUCCGGUGUGCACACAGCUUUAAGCUGUCAUUUCAACAUUAAACUUCGUCUCGCAGGCUGCAUUUGGCCCGCGGGCCGCGAGUUUGAGACCCCUGUCUUACACCAUUAUGUUGAAGUUAAAAAAAAAAAAAAAAUAUAUAUAUAUAUAUAUAUAUAUAUAUAUAUAUGCUGUUCCUCUCCAACCAACACUAUCAUGUUAGCUAUAGCCCCUAAUAAAACCAUAACACAACCAGCCUCAAUCCUUAUGUGGAUUAUCUUAGCAACAAAUAUGACCCAUGAUAAUGAUAGUAAAUAUUCAACUCGACAUUUAUUGCGUGACGAACCAGCAAAGAGUCACGUGAUCAGGACCUGCUUAGCGGAGGUGAACGGCUGCAUGGCGUCGUCCAGGGCUUUCCUGUAGUCGUGGAGACGGACCUCGGUGCAGGCGGGAGCGCUCAGUUUCUUCUGGCGAAUGAGGGAGCAGAGUUGGUCCAGCAUGGAGCGGAAUGCUGUUGAAUCUACGGAGCACGGAGAUAAUGUUUUUAUUCAUCACAUGGAGUGCUGUAAUAGUAUUUUAGUAUAGGAAAACUGCACUUUUUCUGUCAUUUUGCCCAUCAUCAACAAUCCUUACAUGAGACUAGCUAAGAAUGUACAUGAUGGAACACAUAUUGCCCCUACGUUUUUUGUUUUUGAGUUUGGAAAAGUUAAUACUAGGUGCAGGCGUUCCUAAGGAAGUCCCGCUAAUGCUUAAAAAUGGGCAAAAUACUGUAAGUAAAACUUUAUUGUACUUGCUAAUACAUGGUUACAGCAUGUAUAUAAAACCAUAACCCCCUUGUUGGGUUUUUUUUGGACAUGUUUUAAUUGCGGUCUUUGUAGGCGGCAUAGUUGUGUCCCAUUACGUGCAGUAAUAAACUGUCUCUUUUCAUGUUUUUAUAUUUUUAGAACACACCGAAAAGAGAAAGACAUGUGCUCAUGUUUCAC